CAUCGCCCAUCCUCCCAUCACCAAGAUGGACAUCGAAGUCGACAACCUCACCCUGAUCCUGCUGGCACUGCUCGCAGCGCUGCUGCUCUACCAGCGCUUCGCGGCGCCCAACCCCCUCGUCCACUCCCUCCAGCUCGGAGGGCAGGCCGCGCCUGCUGCCGUCCGCCAGCCCGGCGAAAGCCCCAUCUACCGCGCCUGGGCGACGGGGCAGGGCACACCGCUGCAAGUCCGCCCCGCAGGCGGCGUUAAGAGCGUCGACGCAGCUGCGCGCGCGCCCCCGCCUAGCGUGCUUCCCGGCAAGCCCCUCCCGCCCAUCAAGCAGCGCUACAUCCUCGACACGCCGCUCACGCCGGACGCGCUUGCCGAAGUCGCGCGCCUCGUUCCGCUUGGCUUGCGUGCUCUGUUCCCAACUCUUGCGUCCGCGGACGUAACCCCCAUUGCGACACUGCUGCCUCCGUCACCGUCGACGUCGCUGCCGACGCUCCUGCUCGCGCUCGCCAGCGAGCCUCGUCACCCGCUCAUUAUUCUCGAUCACCCGCGCCACUUGCCUGCCGCACUGAGCGGAAAGGAGCACCCAGCGCCUGCUAUCGUUGUCGCGCACGCCACGGCUGCCGCCGCUCUCCAGGCGCUCCCUAAGGACGUACAUGUGCUUCUUGUUGGCGAUCCCGAACAGAAGGUCAACCUCCUCGGCGCCCGUCGCUGGGAGGAGCUGUGGGACGCUGCCGAGAAUGCGCCUGCUGAGGAGGCGCGCGAGAACAUCUGGUCUGACACGUUCGGUUGGUUCUACGCGCCCGAUGGCGAGGUCCUGUCUGCCACACAUAUGACAAUGACGGCCGGCAUGGCAGGUAUCAUGGCGCUCUUCCCAGCUGAUAAGCGGCCGAGCACGCGCGACGUCGUUGCUUCAACCCUCAGCCUGAACACGCCGUUCGGCCUCACGCUCGCGCUCGCAACCGUGUGGUGCGGCGCCGGACUGCGCCUGGUCGGCCCGAACGGAUGGGACGCCGAAGCGGACCCGAACGUCGAGCUCGCCCUGCUCGCGGCCGACGACCAGCCGCUCCCGACAGUCCUCUUCGCUACACCAGCAUACCACGCGGCGCUCGUCGCGCACGCGGCCCAUGCGCUGCGCACUCCGCUCGGCCGCAUCGUGGCUGCCCACAAGCUCCAGUCCAUCCGGAAGGGAUACAUCUCUCGCGACGGGUGGGCGGACGCCCUCGUGGCCGGGGCGCGCAAGGGUGUGCUCGGCGGCCUGGUCGACAGCCUGCGCGCAGUCCUCGUCGUCGGUGAGGUAUCGUACGCCGUCGCGUCGCGCUCGCACGCCGUCCUCUCGCUCCCGCUCUCGCGCUUAACGGCGUCGCCGUACGCCACGGGCCCCGUAUUCGCUUCCCACUUCUACGACCUCCAGAGCCCCGUGGUGCCCGACGUCGCCAUGCCCGCCGCAGGCGGGAAGAAGGCACACACCGGCCCGCCCGCGAGUAACGUCGAGGUCCUGCUCCGCGGCGUCGACGAGCCUAUGCCCGAGGAGGGCGAGGUCGUCGGCCGCGUGUGGGUGCGUGGCCCGAGCGUGCUCGAUCGCCGCGGCGCUGUUGAGGGGUGGAGCGACGCGGGGAUCAGUGCCGCCGUGGCGGCCAAUGGCACGUUCGUCGUCGUCUAGAUAGCCUAGAUGCAUAAGUUUGGUCAG